UCUGAAGUCAAAUAUUUACUACUUUUCUAACGCUUCUAAAGGCAUAAGACUUAAACAAUGCUAUGUCAUUUUUAACUGUAAGGCCCAUAGUCAACAAGAAUUUCCUUCUAUAAAUAUAAAAUAGUCCAUUCCGUUUUAUAGUGAAAAAGUGGUCACAAUGUUAGAGCUUUUUGUUAUAUUUAGUGCAAGCGGCGUAAUUUUAUGGACUUUUAAUGGUCAAGGUUAUACAGAAUUUAAGCAAAAUCCAGCAAGUAAAUGUUUAAAUCCGUUUAUUAAAAAAAUUUUACUAGAAGGAAGGGGUGGUACACAGAAAGUAUUUGAACAUGAUUUAUACUCCUUAAAAUGGAUUCCCUCUAAAGAGCUACAAAUAAAUUUUUUGGCUGUAGUCUUCACAGGCCUCCUCUCUAAAGCCGGUUAUUUGGAUGCUCUUUUAUGUCAAGUUCGAAAAAGUUUUUUUCUUUUUUGGACUCGCAUAACGGCAUCUUUGGAAAAAUGUACUGCUGAUGAUCCCUUAGCCUUGUGGGAGCUCCACCGUCACAUGAGCGAGGAUCCUUCCUUUUCUAAUGAAUUCGUGAAUAUUUAUGAGUCUCUCGAAAAGUCCAGUAGAGAAAUUAAAGCAAAAUCAACGGCCUUGCACGACUUCUCUCUCUCUGCAUUAAAAUCACGUGGAAAGCACGCAGAGAAGCCAGUGCAUGCAUUAAUGAAAGAACGUCCAUCAAGAAUACUAAAAGAAAAUAGGAAGAAAAAAGAUCGUAAAUGGGAGCUUAGCAAUCGGAACACUCAACACUUGGAUUAUUCUAAUGAACUCGAAGGCGCCCGGAACCAUGGAAAAAUAGAAGAGCUCGUAAAGUCUGUGCAGGGGCACUCUAUGCGCACUAACCCGCCAAUAGCAUCAGAGGAGGGGACUGAAGACUCUACUCCACUUGGUUCUUCCGUCUACUCCUUUUUCAGUGGGCUUGUCGGUUCUCAGACUAUCACGAAGGAAAGCCUCAGCAGUGUGGUUGAACAGUUCAAGAGACAUUUAGUUUCCAAAAAUGUUGCGCUGAGGAUUGCUGAGGACAUCGGAAACGCUUUAAUCUCCGAUUUGACUGGAACACACAAGUCGAGCUUGAAAGCAUUGAGGUCUGUCGUUCGCGACUCUCUUGUGCGAACGCUGCAGCAACUGUUGAGUGUAAAGCCGAUCGAUAUUCUGAGGGAAAUUCGGGCGGCGGUGUCGGAUGGCACUUUGCCAUUUGUUAUCAUUUUUUGUGGCGUGAAUGGAGUCGGUAAAUCGACUAAUUUAGCCAAAGUUGCCUAUUGGCUUCUACAAAACGACUACAAAGUUCUAAUUGCUGCCUGCGACACGUUUCGGUCUGGAGCUGUUGAGCAGCUUCGCAUCCACCAGCAGGCUUUGACUAAACUAAAUGAAAUCCACAAGGGAAAAGGCUUUGUGAAGUUGUUAGAAAGAGGCUAUAAUAAGGAUGAUGCUGCUAUUGCUUCUGAAGCCAUUCGCUUUGCCAAAAACGAAAGAAUUGAAAUUGUUUUAAUCGACACAGCCGGAAGAAUGCAAGACAACGAACCUUUGAUGCGCUCGUUAGCUAAAAUUGUAAGAGUAAACAAGCCUAGCUUGGUACUGUUUGUUGGCGAGGCUCUCGUGGGAAACGAAGCGGUUGACCAGUUAACCCGUUUUAACCAGGCCCUCGCAAGACACUCAGAUACCAAUCGAAAGACUAUCAUCGAUGGAAUCAUUCUAACAAAGUUUGAUACCGUAGAUGAUAAAGUCGGUGCCGCAUUGAGUAUGGUCUAUACUUCUGGCCUCCCUAUUGUCUUUGUUGGAUCGGGACAAACUUAUACCGAUCUUCAUCGCUUUGAUGUUCAACGCAUUGUCGAUUCCCUCCUCCUUUAGCGGCUAAACUUUCCUUU